AUGUCCACGCGAGAUUUAACAUCCAAUACUCCUCAGUUUAACAUUUCCGCAAACAGGAAUGGCCACAAUGGAAGCAAAAGUGAUGAUAUUGCACUGGACGCAAAUUCCCAAGAUUCACAUACUUUAAAUCAUCAAAAUCCAUUUGCUGACCAAAUACAACCACCACCAAGACAACCACCCACCUUCGUAUACUCAUCAUCAUCCUCGUCGGCAUCCUCAUCAGAAUCAUCUAUACCCCAUCUUCACAAUCCCCAAGCACAUAGAUUCACAGAGGGAACAGGAUAUUAUUCCAAUGGAGGAAGUUCAAAUAUGUUACUCGAAACCCCUGAUGAUCAUACAAGAUUAAUGAGUGCUUCACCGGCAGAAUAUGACAGAUAUCCAAGCUUAGCGGGAUCAAGAGUACAAAGCUCUCUUUCGUUAGCAUCACAAUUACGCUUCCCAUUCAACAACAAUGGGAACAAUAUACCAAUAUCUGUGUCACAAGAAAGUACGGGUGCUUCAUCAGUGAACAGUUCUAGUAGCUCUACCCCACCGCCUCCAAUUGCCGACCUUUCGCCAUUCGGAGGAUAUCCUGCCCUGUCAUUCCCAUUGCAUAUCGACGAAAAAGAACCAGAUGAUUAUUUACACAAUCCUGAUCCAAUUGAAGAUGCGGAAUAUGAUAAGAAUAGAUUUAUGCAUGAUUUGAAAAAUAUGGAUAGAAGAUCCUUCACCGGGAUGCUUGCAUUGAUAAUAUUAUUCCUUGCUGGAUUAAUGGUCUUUAUUUUAGUUCCGGCACUUACAUAUAGUGGAGUCACUAAUCAUUAUCAUGGUGUUCAAGUAUAUGAAGUUUUAACCAGAUAUGAAUAUCCGAUGUUAUCCGCCAUCAGACAAGAACUUGUUGAUCCGGACACACCACAAGAAGCAAUGACAUGGAAGAGUCAAAAUGGAGAUGAAUGGCCUUUGGUAUUCAGUGAUGAAUUCAAUGCUGUAGGAAGAACAUUCUAUGAAGGUGAUGAUCAAUUUUUCACCGCGCCAGAUUUACAUUAUGAUGCAACCAAGGAUUUGGAAUGGUAUGAUCCUGAUGCAGUCACCACCGCCAAUGGAACGUUGAAUUUACGUAUGGAUGCAUUCAAGAAUCAUAAUUUGUUUUAUAGAAGUGGUAUGGUCCAAAGUUGGAAUAAAUUCUGUUUCACCCAAGGAAAAAUCGAAUUCUCCGCCAGAUUACCCAAUUAUGGUAAUGUAAGUGGAUUGUGGCCCGGUUUAUGGACCAUGGGGAACUUAGGUCGUCCAGGGUAUUUAGCCCUGACAGAAGGAGUCUGGCCAUAUUCUUAUGAAUCCUGUGAUGCCGGUAUUACUCCUAAUCAAUCCUCUCCUGAUGGGAUAAGUUAUUUACCAGGACAGAGAUUGAAUUCAUGUACUUGUCCUGGAGAAGAUCAUCCAAAUCCAGGUGUGGGUAGAGGUGCACCCGAAAUCGAUGUUUUAGAGGCGGAAAUGUCAAGUGAUCCUACAGGCAAAAAACCAAAUUUGGGGGUUGCUUCUCAAUCUUUACAAUUGGCUCCAUUUGAUAUUUGGUACAUUCCUGAUUACGAUUUUGUUGCAAUUCAUAAUGACUCAGUCACAACUAUGAAUACUUAUGCUGGAGGACCUUUUCAACAAGCACUUUCUGGUACUACUACUUUGAAUCAUACUUGGUAUGAAUUUGGAGAAGAUAUGCCACAUAAUUUCCAACGAUAUGGAUUUGAAUAUUUGAAUGAUCCAAAUAAGGGAUAUCUCACCUGGUUUGUUGGAGAAAACCCAACAUUAACUGUUUAUUCUCAAGCACUUCAUCCAAAUGGGAAUAUUGGUUGGAGACCUCUUUCAAAAGAACCGAUGUCUUUGAUUAUGAAUCUUGGUAUUUCUAAUAAUUGGGCAUAUAUCGAUUGGAAUUCUUUGGUGUUCCCCGUGACGAUGAGUAUUGAUUACGUGAGGGUAUAUCAACCAGCAGAUCAGAUCAAUAUUGGAUGUGAUCCAAGUGGCUUUCCUACUUAUAAUUAUAUUCAGCUGCAUUUGAAUGUUUAUGAAAAUGUGAAUUUGACGUUGUUUGAAGAUGCAGGAUAUAAAUUCCCCAAGAAUAAGUUGACUGGGUGUAAGUAA